AUGUCUGACACUCAGCCUUCACAGGACUCUCUGACCGAGGAGGGCAAGGUGUCUUCCAGCCAUGUGGAGAAUAGCAAUAGGACUGAGAAGGUCAAAACAGUGGAUACAGUCCAUCAAGAUGAAGCCCUGAAGGUUCUUCAGAACUAUACAGGCGACGAGACCUGGACCCCUGCCGAGGAGAAGAAGCUUGUGCGGAAGAUAGACAGAAAGCUCCUUCCACUUCUCUGCCUGACCUACGGGCUCCAGUAUUAUGAUAAGGCGAUGCUUUCGCAAGCAGCUUUAUUUGGACUACGAACCGACCUGGACAUGAUGGAAGGUAGCCGCUAUUCCUUUUCGGCGUCGAUCUUCUACUUGGGAUUUAUUGUGGGCGCCUAUCCCGCCAUGACUCUGGCGCAGCUGUUUCCAAUUGAGAGAGUAGCGUCUUUGAUCACGACUCUCUGGGGGAUUUGCCUCAUCCUCACGCCUGCGUGCUUCAACUAUCAAGGAUUGUGGGCUCAGCGCUUCUUCCUCGGGAUGCUGGAGGCGGGAAUCAGUCCUAUGUUUAUGCUCAUCGUGGGUAGUUGGUACACGAAAGACGAACAGGCCCUCCGGAUGGGUGCCUGGUACUGCUGGACUGGAUACGUCUCCAUCUUCUCGCCCGUGAUCAACUAUGGCCUCGGUCACAUCCGAGGCACCCUCUCUCCAUGGAAAUACAUGUAUCUCUUGUCCGGCGCGAUCACAAUUAUCUGGGGCAUCAUCGUCCUGUUCCUUCUCCCACCAGACCCCAUCCGAGCGAAAGGAUUCGACGAUCGACAACGAUAUAUCUCGGUCGCACGUUUGCGUGUCAACAACUCCGGCGUUCGCAACACACACUAUAAAAAAGGCCAGGUCUUCGAGCUCCUCAUGGACGUCAAGUUCUGGCUCAUGUUCCUGAUCGCAUUCCUAAGCAUGAUUGCGAACGGACCCAUCUCGACAUUCAUGCCGAUCAUUGUGAACUCGAUGGGGUUCGACACUUUGAAUUCCUUGUUACUCACGAUGCCGGCUGGCUUCUAUGCCGGGACGCUGCAGCUGCUCGCGCCGUAUUUGGCUUAUCGAUAUGCCAAGACUGGAAUCCGGUCCUGGCUGGUGUUUGGUUGUCAGGUUCUCACGACGCUGGCUGCCCUACUGUUGCUUUGUCUGCCGUUCUCAGCUACAGGGGGGCUAUUGUUCGCAUGCUACAUUCUCCCGUCUGUCGGGGGAGGAUACUCGGUGCUCAUGGGGCUCCAGAUUGCUAAUAUAGCUGGGUAUACGAAACGCGCGAUGGCGUCUUCUGGUUUAUAUAUUGGGUACUGUCUAGGAAACUUUGUCGGUCCGCUUGUGUUCGAAGACAAAGAUGCCCCUCGCUAUGUCCCUGGGUUUAUUGUGGUCAUUGUGACUUCGAUUACGGCUGGUCUUUUGGUCCUUAUUUACCGAUAUAUUUGUGUUUGGGAUAAUCGACGGCGUGAUAAGCAGGGGGCCGAGGGAUUCGGGAAUGCAUAUCAGGACGAUUUGACGGAUUUGACGAACCCUGAAUUCCGUUAUAUCCUUUAG